AUGGCUCUGGAAGAUAGUGUUUACGUCAUUUGUGAAGGGAGCUCGGGGCCCUUAUCCAUCUGUGGUUGGGUGGUGAGUCUGCCUGGGGACGACGCCGUGGUGGGCACUUCUACCAAGGCGACUGCAGGUUUGGCCCACACGGCUAAGGCCAAGCAAGGCGAGCACGAGAUUUCUUUUGUGCGAGUGCCGCUUAGUGCUGUGACCGAGCAGCCACCCUCCGAAUGGAAAGGGGUCAAGCCCCGAGACCUGCCGCCUUCGAAAGCGUGCGUUGCAGCCUGGAAGACACUGGGGCAGGGCGGCACCGAGUUGGAAAGCAGUGGGGCCGAGAUGCCUCGCACGAGCAAGGCUCCCGGCCGCGCUCGUCGGUCUCUGAAGGAAGACCUAAAGGACCUCCAGGGACUUUGGGACGACGAGGAAGGCGACGAAGACGAGACCGACGACGAGGACGACGCCCGGCCAUCGACCCGACCAAGGGGCAGUUCGAUGCUAGCUCCUGGUGCCAAGAACAAGGACAGCGACCGCCGCGAGAAGGAGCGAGACGAGGACGACCUCGACCUGCGCAAGCUGGUUCGCAAGGGGCUGGCUUCCGGCCAAAGCCCGAACGACCUCAUGCCGCUGUUCAUGAUGUCCCUUGCCCUGGACAAGAGCGAGGGCAGGAAGAAGAAGAAGAGCAAGGAGGCAGGGCGCUUAGGAAAAGGGAUGCAGGCUGUUGCUACGCUUCACCGCCUCCACGAGAGUAUCCGCAAGCGGCCUCGGCGCAUCAUCAUGCAGCAGUUCGAGGCCGAGGUGGCGCGCGAGCUCGGGGUUAUUCCGGGCCAGCCGUGGACUCUGAACGACUGGGUCCGCCGACAAAGCUGGGGUCCGAAGCCGCAGCCACAAGACGCAGAUGUGCAGUUGGUGGCGAAGGCGGAGCGGGCGUACUUAGAGGCAAAGUUGCAGAGGGCCGUGCAUAAGGAGUUCAGAUUUGAGACCGUUUUCAAGGCGUGGGGGGCGGAGAUCGACGGCGUGGCCGGGAGGGUCGGUGCUCCCCUGGCUACCCGCAGGCAGGUCUGGAUGCUUUUGCAAAGGAUUGUCACCGGCGGGUGGGCAAGCUGUGAUGUGCUGCGGCAGGUGCUGGGCAACCUGGCCUACAUUUUCCAGUACCGCCGGGAGCUCUACUCAUUGCAGCAUCGCAUUUACAAGUUUGUGUCGGAGAUGCCCGGGGACAGGUGGUGCAAGCUCCCCGACUUUGUGCUCGACGAGAUCCGGUCCUGUGCCUUACAUCUGCCCUUUGCUGUUUGCUCCAUGCGUCGGCGGGUCUCGACCACACUGCUUGCGACAGAUGCGACGCCCUCCUCGGGCGGGGCGGUUGUCACUGAAGUGCCCGGGGCCUUGGCCGAGGAGCUUUGGAGACAGAGCGAAAUGAAAGGGGAGGCGGUUCGUCUCGACAGAGGCCGGGAUGAAGCCCUGGAUGUGGAAGAACCGAAGGUCCCUUCGGUGUUCGCGAGCACCGUGGGGGAGUGCCUACCUUGGCGUGUUACAGCCUCCUACCAUUCUCGCGAAACCUCACAUGUCAACCUCCAAGAGCUCAGGGCCUGGCGCAGGGAGAUGAUGAAGAUUGCCGCGCGAGGCGACCACAAAGGAUGUAUCGUGGUAGCUCUCAAUGACUCUCGUGUUGUGGUUGGUGCUGUGGGAAAGGGGCGAUCGUCCAGCUUCCGGCUCAACAAUUUGUUGCGAGGCGCCCUCCCGCACAUGAUCCUUGGAGGCCUCAGUGGAGCUUUGUUGUGGAUCGAAACUGCAGCCAACCCAGCGGAUUAUCCCUCGAGAUUUCGAGCUCUUCCUCCUCCUCGGCGUGUUCCAGGCUGGCUCUUGAACUUUGGCAUCAAAGAACGGGUCCCUCUCUGUGGCCGUGAGGUUUGUGUUCGAGAGGCCCGCGCGACCCAGGCGCACUCCGAAGCAGGUUUGGAAAUGAGUGAGCCCGUUGACCUGAUCGAGGCGGUGGACUUGCAAAUUGCGACGCUCUUCGAGGAGGUGACCAAUGGUCUGGUGAGGUGGGUGUGGCUCGAGCCCUUUGGUCUGAGCUUCGCGGCCAGAAGACACUUUACACAGGUUGGUCCGCAGGGACCUAGCAGCCGGCCGGUGGUCGACGAAUGGCGACUGCAGGGUGCACGCCUGCCCCGUGGCUCUCUAUGCGUGUGCUCACCAAUGCUCCUUGGGCCCAAGACAUCAAGCGAGAGCUCCGUCUACUUCGGUGUGGGGAAACAAGUGCAGGGGACACGGGGAAAGGGUUCGGAGAGUGCUCGGCCCAGCUCAGCCGUACGUUGGCAUAUGCCUGCGUACGGUGGGCGGCUGCGCAAUGCUAAUCUGACACCGGCCUAUCGCCGGGGACUGCGGGCGGCGGCGCAAUGGCUCUUUGACUUGGCUGCUAGUUUGGGAGGAAAGUUGACACGUAGCACGCCACCGCCUGUGAUUGACCGGGUCCUUGAACGCUGCGUAGAUGAGGCCUACCAACGAGGGGAGAAACUUUACUUUGUCAGGCUACACUCGAGAGAGCUAUUGGGCGACUAUGUUGGCGGCUUGGCUCAGUUUCGAAGCUCUCCUCAGGACGAGGAGGCAGGUGGCUUAGUGGUCACCAUCAGGAAGCCGAAGACCAGGCGCUUGUGGCAGACCCAGUUUGUUCUUGUCAAGAGCCCGGCUCUGAUCAAGUGGCUGGCUUGGUGGACGGCAGACAUGCAAGGAGACCGCCUCCUUUUCAGGGUGGCCCGGCGGCGGUGGGCCCGCCUCUUUGCAGAAGGUCUGGCCCGGCUGCACCUGGGUGACCGAGGCUUCACGUUAGGCAGCCUGCGUUCGGGAGGCGCUACCUGGCACUUCAGGACCUACGAGAACUUGCCUAAGCUUCAGUACCUGGGUCGAUGGGCACGUGCCGACACUUUGAAGUAUUACCUACAUGAGGCCUUGACGAUCAAAGUCGAUGCAGAAGGGAAGCCAGAGUCCAAGGUUGCCGUGAUCUCUUCGGCUUUGCGCGAGCUGGCUGCUGCCUUGGAGAACUCGGAGUGGGACGUGGUGGGGCUCGCGAGCCAAACUCAGCGAGCUCCUCUAGUGCAGCAAGUGGAGGCCCAGAAGGAAGUUUCUGGAUCUACUGUGGCCUAUCGACAGGACUGGCGUAUCUACGUGGUGGUCGCGAACCCAAAGCAGCCGGAGCGCGUCGGAGUGGCGCAAGAUGCCGGAGCUGGAGAUUUGAAGGGAGCGGCCGAGGCUAUUAUGACAGCGGUGGGCUCAGCUGCGGAUCAGUUGGGAACUGCUGAAGUGGAUGCAGGCCGCACGGCAGCCGAAAUCUUGGGAGAUGAAGCUUCGCGUGCCUCCGCAGCACGUUGGCGCUCAGGCAGUGUCCAUCGCCGCUUGACGGCGACGCUGGCAAGGCUGAUGACAUCGUUGCAGCAGUGGACUUCGUUAACGCCUGCGGCGCCUCGCCAGGGUACCCUGGCGCCAGUGCAGCCACGGCCUCUACGAGCGGCUCCUUCAAGCUCCCCGUCGUUGCAGACGCCAGCUCAAGCUCGGGGGCCGUGGGGCAGUGCCAGCCUUAACUGGCACCGCGCGUGGUGGUGGGGAACUCUGGCUCUACUGGUGAUGAUGUGCCUUUUUCCUCGGAUAGUGGCGCUCUUCGUGGCCAUGGUGGUGCGCCUAGUUCUCCGUGGGUGCUUUGUUCUGGCGAGCCAUGUCAUCAAGGAGCUGUGUGCGCAAACUUUUACUCUAGCAGGUGAGCUGGAGGCCCACAUGGUGGAUUGGCUCUCUGGCCAACUCAGCUUGCGCACCGCACAGCCUCAGCUACCGCCGAACUUCGCAGUCCCUCCAGCCGGCCACGACCCGCACAACAACAACAACAACUUCGCUGGACCUCCUGCUCAGGUUGCCCUCCCUGCCCGGCCCUUGGAUUUUGUUACGUGGGUGCUCCUUGCCUGCAACAUUUACCAGCAGCGCCAGCAAG